AUGGCGGACCCAGCAGCUCUGGUGGAGAAGCUCCAUGCCCAUCUUGACCAAGUCUACAACGACCCGAGCAUCCCUCUGGACCUCAGGUUGCUAGAUGAGUGCGAGUACUAUCUUCCAAGCCGAAUCACACCAGAAACAUCUCAAUCUCUAGUCCUGCAUUUCUCUCAGCUUCUCUCAACUCUACAGCAAGAUCCGUCCCCGGCCAUCCGAGUCCUGUUGAAGCUUCUCGAGUCAGUCCCUUUCUCCACCAUCCUCGCCCUCGAGCCGCCUGUCGAUUUUACCGCCGGCUUAAAUGUGCAAGCUCGACCCUUCAACCUCCUGAUGCUCUCGCUGCUGGAGAAGGCCACUCUGCGCGCCAGCGAUGCGGCAAUCCUCGCUGGUAUGCCCGAGGUCGUCUUCGCUCUAAUCAACCUAUGGCUCUGCACCGAGGACACAGGGAUCGCCGAGAGAGCAAGCGCGGUCCUUCUGGGCCUGCUCAAAGCUGAUCACCAAGACUCGAAGGAUGCUAUAGGUGCGUCUGGGCAGGGCGUGAUGUGGAGAAGACUGUUUGGAGAUCGAGAUGUCUAUGACCUCGUAUUCUCUGUCUGCGACUUCGGAACACAACCGGCCGGUCAGCGGCUUACCAAGCGCCAGAAAUCUCUGGCACAAGCGCGACUGCUUGAGUGGAUACCGGAGGCGGGUGCAAUAGAUCUGGACGUGCUCGCGACCAGUCAUAAUGCCGAUGUCGAGGCUGCCCACGGGCUCAAAAGGGGUUCGCGAGGCCUGGUAGAGUUCGCCGCCGUGCACAUGGUGGACUACGAUGAUGACGUUUUGAUGCACAUCAGCCUAAUCAACUUUUACACUGAGUUGAUCAGCUGUACUGGUGGCGAGGGAUCAAAUAGGAGCCAACGUCAGUCUCGAUCAUUCGAUCCUCUAGGUUUCUUGAUAGAGAAAGGUCUACACCAACGGACGGCAGCCUUGUAUCUAGACCCCGACAACGACCGCCACAGCUCCCUGGAUAUCAGCUUCCUAUACGGCCCCUCCGCCCACUACCUUGCCACCUACGCGUCAUUGUAUCCCGCAACACUCGCCCGAACGAACGACCUCGAUCGCGUACUGUCCCGGCUGCGCACAGUACUCCACCUUUCUCGUAGCCGAGGGACGCGUGCAGAGUCGCCCAAGCACGAUCUCCACGUUCUCUCAAUGCUUCCCCGAUCACAUCUCGUACCCGAUCAACAGGGCGUCCCAGACUGGAGCGCUAGCCCGCUGUCCCUCAUUCCUUCUAGCCCGACUUUCGCUGACGCGCUCAACACGCUAGCGACAGUCUUCCACGGUCCACCUGCGAGGGUGGUGGAGUUUCCUGCGCCCGCAGAUCCGACAUCCACGCCCGACAAUGGGCGCGCAGAAGCGGAGAAGUCGGCGGCGCGGGCGCUGUACCUCCACUACGUGGCGCACAACUCUGCACUAUGGAGCGACGUCGUCCGGCACGCCGAGACAGUAGCGUUGAAGGAGCUGGCGCUGCCGGCUAUCGGGCUGAUCACUGCGGUCGCCACGGCGAACUGGUCUGACGCUGGGGACGAGGAGCUCCGUGCUUCGUUACGGGUCUCAUCCCCUCUGCCCAAAACCGGCCUCCAGGCCCUCCUCGCACCCCCGGCCCUCCCACACGUCCUACCUUACCUCCUGCGCCCUGCGCAGACGUUCUCGAACCUUGUCGGCGGCCGUGGGGAUGCCGAGUCAGCCGCGUACAAGAUCGCCGUCGCGAAGUUCGACGCGCUGCUUGCGCUGGGCCGGCGUGUGGAAGAGGCGGGCGAUGAGGUUCCGCCGCAGAUCGCUGCGGCUGUGAGGGAGAGGAUUCGGGAGGGCGCGUGGGGGAGUAGGGAGGAAGUUGGGGGGAGGAUUGCUACAUUGGAGAUGUAG